GCUUGCUUUGCCCCGAGCCAACUUGGCCCAAACAAAACACAAGGAAGGCCUUUCCUUUUUCUUCUUCUUCUUCUUCUUCACCUUGUUGGAUUUCCGACACCGACCCACCCACCCCUCCCUCAAUCUCGCACAUGAUUUAGAUAUUAUUUUAUUUACUUUUCCAAGAACAGAAAAAAAGAUAAAUAAAGUCUACAUAGCACAGCAUAGCAUAUAUAUAGAUGGUGUUUUCAGAUCACCACCGUCUAAAGUUAAAAAUAUAAAACUUUAGUAGGGGAGGGUGAUAUGGGAGGAAGCAAGAACAAUAAUUAUCUGAAGAAGAGUGCUAGUACUAGUACAAGUAGUAGUAGUGGUGGUUUUACAACAAAUCCACAAGAUUACCAGCUUCUAGAAGAAGUUGGUUACGGUGCAAGUGCCACCGUUUACCGCGCGAUCUAUCUUCCUUCCAAUGACGUCGUCGCCGUCAAGUCCCUGGAUCUCGAACGCAUCAACAGCAAUCUCGAUGAUAUUCGAAGGGAGGCCCAAACAAUGAGUUUGAUAGAUCACCCUAAUGUGAUAAGGGCAUUUUGUUCAUUUGUUGUCAACCAAAACCUUUGGGUGGUUAUGCCAUUCAUGGCUGAAGGUUCUUGUCUACAUCUCAUGAAAACAGCUUAUCCAGAUGGGUUUGAAGAGUCGGCUAUUGCUUCUAUUCUCAAGGAGACUCUUAAGGCAUUGGAAUACUUGCAUCAACACGGACAUAUCCAUCGUGAUGUUAAGGCUGGAAAUAUACUUCUUGACACUAAUGGAGUGAUAAAGCUCGGUGAUUUUGGUGUCUCAGCUUGUAUGUUUGAUAGAGGUGAUAGACAACGUUCAAGAAAUACAUUUGUAGGAACUCCUUGCUGGAUGGCUCCAGAGGUUCUUCAGCCAGGAAGUGGAUAUGAUUUCAAGGCUGACAUUUGGUCUUUUGGAAUUACUGCACUGGAGCUAGCUCAUGGUCAUGCCCCUUUCUCAAAGUACCCUCCGAUGAAGGUACUCUUGAUGACCAUCCAAAAUGCACCCCCUGGACUUGAUUAUGAUCGCGAUAAACGGUUUUCUAAGUCCUUUAAAGAAUUGGUUGCCAUGUGCUUGGUGAAAGAUCAAACAAAAAGGCCAACUGCUGAGAAGUUGUUAAAACAUUCCUUUUUUAAGCAAGCUAAACCUCCAGAGCUUUCUGUCAAGAAACUCUUUACUGACUUGCCACCACUGUGGCAUCGUGUGAAAGCCCUUCAGAUUAAAGAUGCUGCUCAACUAGCUCUGAAGAAGAUGCCCUCAGCUGAACAAGAGGCCAUAUCACAGAGUGAGUACCAGCGGGGUGUCAGCGCCUGGAACUUUGAUGUUCAAGAUUUAAAAUUCAAAGCAUCCUUGGUGCAAGAUGAUGACGAAAUUCAAGAUAUUAGGGAAGAUGAUGUAAAUUCAAGUUCAUAUGUCAAUAAUGAUGCUUCUGAUUCGAAGGCUACUAGUGGCAAACAAUAUUCUACAAACGAGAGCGUUUGCAGUGAUGAAGUAGUUCCAUCCGAAAGCAUUAGCAACAAAGAAGAGACUCCUGAAAGUAAUGUGUUAGAAGAUAAUAAAGGGACCACUGAUUUAGAAAAAAGCAGAAUAAAAGCAGAGCAAUUACCAUCAACCUCAGAUAAAGAGGCUAAAACUAGAAUUCUAUCCGCAAGAAAUCGUCAAACACAGAGUGGGCCUCUUGUGGCUGGUGUCGUCUUAAAUCAUUCCAAGUCCGAAAGAAGUCGUAAUUUUGAAAGAUCUGAUAAUGGAAGCUCACAAGCAGUUGAAAAAGUUCAUCAAGUAAGAAGAGCUCCUAGCUUUAGUGGUCCUUUGAACCUUCCAAACCGUGCAUCUGGAAACAGUUUAUCGGCCCCAAUAAAACCAACCGGAGGAUAUAGGGAUUCAAUGGAUGACAAGUCAAAAGCAAAUUUGGUACAAAUAAAAGGAAGGUUUUCUGUGACAUCUGAAGACCUUGAUCUUGUUAAGGAUAUUCCAUUAUAUUCAGUUCCUAGACGGUCACCCCAGGAUGCAUCACUGAGGAAGUCCGCAAGUGUAGGGGACUGGAUAUUCGAUUCAAAUAAAAUGCCUACUCCUAGGGAGAUUAAUAGUAGUUCUGUACAUAGCAAUUUAUCUGCAUCAGUGCUCAUGCCCCACCUUCAAAACCUCUUUCAGCAGACAUCACUACAACAGGAUCUUAUCUUGAGUUUGUUGAAUAGCUUGCAAUCAUCUGAGGUGGCAGAGGCUUCUCAAAAUGGGAAGCUGCCCCCAUUGCCUCGCAGUUCCGAGAACAAUGGAUCUGUUGAAGUUUCCGAUAGAGAACGUUUGCUGCUUACGAAGGUUUCUGAGCUACAGUCCAGGUUAACUAUUUUGACCGAGGAAUUGACCACAGAAAAGUUAAAAUACGUACAGUUACAAGAGAGAGUUGAUGCUAUUACCAGCCGGGAGGAUGGGCAGAAAGGUGAAUCUGAUGCUUGAAGUCCUUGAGAUACUGCUGAUGUAAUGCUGUAUAUUCUGGUGCAAGUAGUGGGCUCGCAAUCAAGAUAUUGGAUGCUCUUCCUCAACAACCGUGUAAUAAGUUUUUGUUAAAAGAUUUUCUGAUCUUGAAAUGCGAACAAUCGGGUAGUGAAGAAACCAUUUCUUUGAUUCAUUUUUCGUACAAAGAGAAAGAGCACUUGGGUUUGCAAGCAUGAUUGCUUGAUUCUUUGGGCUGAAUCUCUUAAAGCUCAUGCCAUAUAUAAUAUGUAUGUUCAAUGUUGUAGUAGGCGUAGUCAACAAAUAUUUACAUGAUAAGUUUUUUGUUGUAUCUUGGCGGAAAUGUGAAUAUCACAAUAAACAAAACUACAUGACGUUUUCUCAUAUUGGGUUUGAGGUAUCUGCCCUGUUUUGUGAAUGCAUGUGUAUGCAAUAAUGUAUAAAAGGAUGUGAUUUUUUUUUUC